AUGUUAUCAUUUUUAUCAUCAGCCGGGCUGUUUUGCCUUGUGAUUACGUCGUGGCUCGUGAUAGUCACGAUAUUGCGCGCCGUUUACAACCUCAUUUUCCAUCCACUGGCAAGAUACCCAGGCCCGCGACUGGCAGCUAUCACCCGACUGGUUCAUGUGUACCACUUCGUAAAUGGCGAUGCUGUCGGCUGGCUCGAUAAGCUCCACGCAGAAUACGGCGACGUUGUGCGCGUCGAGCCUGGCCGUCUCAGUUACAUCACACCUCAGGCUUGGAAGGACAUAUAUGGACAUGCGACGGCCACUCGUAAAGUUAACUCGAAAGAGAGGAAAAACAGCAAGAAUCUCUUCUCUAAUGGGAGUUACUCGAUCUCGUCAGCUCACGGUCCCGAGCACCAGCGCCUACGCAAAAUCUUCAGCAAUGCGUUCAGCGACCGCGCCAUCACGAAGCAAGAACCUAUGCUGGCGCUUUACGCACAGCAAAUGGUCGAUCUAGUUUGUCGGAAGAUCUCUAGCGAGAAAACCUCUCAUGGAGCUGCUGCCAUGGAUGCAGUCCAGCUCUUCAAUUUCGCCACGUUCGAUAUCAUGGCAGAUCUUGCAUUCGGCGAAGCACUUGGCUGCCUCGAGAACGGUGGAUCAAAUGCUUGGGUCGACGCUGUCCAGGUGAAUUUCAAGCGGAUGAUCGUCAAGGCAAGAUUGAGGCCUUACCCGGUAAUCUCAUAUUUGUGGCAUCUAUUCCAGCCGGAACAAGAUAAGAAGGCUGCUGCUGUGCACGUUCAGAGCUCGCAUGAGCGUGUCACGAAGAGGUUGGCCAAGGGCGCUGAUGCCAGGAACGACAUCUGGGGGCUCGUUCUCAAGGCCGAGGGUCCAAACGCGCUGACUCGUACUGAAAUGAACAACAACGCCAACAACUUCAUGAUAGUUGGCACUGAGACAUCAGCGACAGCGCUGAGCGCUCUCACAUAUCUUUUGCUGAAGUCUCCGAGAAAGCUUGAACGACUAGUUAGAGAAGUGAGAUCGGUUGGCGACUCGAACCAGCUGAAAGGCGAUGUUCUCAAAGACUUGCCGUAUCUUCAGGCGUGCCUCACUGAAUGCCUCAGAUUACACCCUCCUGUCCCGACGGGUGGUAUGCGUGUCAUUGGUGAAGGGGGCAACACCAUCCUCGGUCAUCUUCUCCCCGAAGACACUAAAAUGUCGAUCGCGACCUGGACCGCCUUCCGUAUCCCUCGGUACUGGAAAGAUGGCAACGAGUUCAUCCCCGAAAGAUGGAUUCCAGGUGAGCAUGGGUACGAUGAGUACCACACAUACGACCAACAUAGUGUGUUCCAGGUAUUUGGGACCGGUCCGCGCGCUUGUAUUGGCAAGAAGUAA